AUUGGCUAGUGGAUGGAACCCGGAUAAAGUGAGUAUAUAAAUGAGGAACGGUUGGCGAGCGGGUCAAGUUGUUUCAGCAGCGGCUAAAGACAAUAGCAAGAAAAUCUGUAUUUUUUACUGCGGUUUAAGGUCCUAUCUGACAAAAGUAUAAAAUGGCUGGCGGUAAGGCUGGAAAGGACUCCGGAAAGACCAAGACAAAGGCUAUUUCGCGCUCACAGAGAGCAGGACUGCAGUUUCCAGUGGGUCGUAUCCACAGACACCUGAAGUCCAGAACCACCAGCCAUGGCAGAGUGGGAGCCACAGCGGCCGUGUACAGCGCAGCUAUUCUUGAAUACCUCACUGCUGAGGUUUUGGAGUUGGCAGGAAAUGCAUCAAAGGACCUUAAAGUGAAGCGAAUCACUCCACGCCACUUGCAGCUUGCCAUCAGAGGAGAUGAGGAGCUUGAUUCUCUUAUCAAGGCCACAAUUGCCGGUGGAGGUGUGAUCCCACACAUCCACAAGUCUCUAAUUGGAAAGAAGGGCCAGCAGAAGACUGUAUAACCUGAGGUGCUCUGGAUGGUGUGCUGUCUCAGGAUUGAAGUCUGCAUCUGAAGUGGUUAAAUGUCUUGGAUCCAAACAUGUUUAGAAAUUUUUAUGGUUAAUCUUGCAUUUAUUCACCUGGGUUUUUAUUACCUUUUUUCUGUCUCAAGUGGCUUCAAAGAAGCUUUCUUUCCCUUUUCCUGGUGCUGCAGUUUGUUAUCCAUGCUGUGUGGCAUUUCCAUGUUUAAAGUGGUGUUUUAAUAAAGCCCUUGUUGGGCAUUUGUUCUGUU